UUAAUAAUAAUUAAACAAAAACACGUUUUAAAAAAUUUUUUCUACAAUUUAAUAUAAAACCAGAAAAUAUCCUCGAUUCUAUAAUAACAAUUGUUAAAUGUAGAAACCACUGUGCGUCGCAUUACACGAUAUGCUGAAUAAUAAAGCGCAAGUUAACGUUGUCCAAAAUCCAAUAUUUUUAUGUAUUAUACAAUGAGAAUAUUAUUAAAUCAGUCACAUGCUAAUAGAUAAAAUGUUCAACUUUAAGUUUAUCCUUUAUUUUAUUACAUUUGAAACAUUUUUUAUUAAAAAUAUUAGAUUUUUUUUUAAGUGCGCCAUCUUCCUUAUAUAUAAUAAUAAAAAAAAAAUAAAAAUUAUAUAAAAAAUUCUAUAUCGCCCUCGCACUUAAGCGUUCUGCAUUGCAUCGAGACACGAAUCUGUCAAGGCAAUCUACUUCGAUGUAUUUGACGUAUUCACAAAAAACCAGUAAAACAAAAAGUUAUCUCAUGACCUUCUGGUGAUAAAAAUUGUAUAGUCGCAUUAUAUUGUAGCGAAGAUACACAUUUCUCAGCUUGUUUUCUGAUGUAAGUCAUAAGGAUUGUGUGAUUUAUAUAAAAGCGGAAAAGCGUUCAAAUUAAUUUAGUAUAUAGUAUUUGUGCAUCAAAGCAAACUACGAUGAUUAAACUGUUUCUCUUUACGUUGCUUUGCGUGGCGGUGGUGUGGACAAGAUCUACAAGAGUAGCGCUCGAUACGUUUCAACAUUUUAUGAAUGGUCAAUCUGGUAGUUCUUUAGUACGACAUGCGAGACAUAGUGUUUCGAAAUAUAGUCCAUUACCGCUGCCAUCAUUUGACUCGAAUAGAUCUAAAUUUCGCUAUUUGUACCGGGGCCUCUGGCUAAUGAACCUCGUACACUAACUGCUACGCCAGUUGAGACUUAUGGAUACCUGUUAUUGUCUGCAUACGUCAUAUACUUAUAUGUUAUAAACUGACGCAAUUAUAUUAUUUUUUAUAAAAGCAAUUUUGCAAAACAUACUAAAAAUAAAUAACAUUUAUUUACUUAUUAAUUUCAUUGUUAAAUUUAUCUUUUUCCAUGACCUUAAUAAUUUGAUGAAAAUUGCGAUCUAUUUAGCGCUACUGAUACUUUGAAACGUUCAAAUGGUUAAUUAGAUGGUUAACUAGAUCAUAUACUAUAAGAAAGACAGCGUCAUCGGAAUGGUGAAUACCAUAUUUUAUGUAUAAUAACUAUAUAGCAACUAUGUCAUAAAUUUAUUAUUGUAAACUGCAUUAUGAUAAGUAUAUACUUAUUAGUAUUUAUUUCUAUUUAUUUUUUAAAAAUAAGAUAGUAUGGCUACAGUAAAACAAACGAAAAUGAUUAGAUUAUAUACAGCACUGUAUCAUGGGUUUUAUUAAAUCAUUCACUGAGAAAAGUAUCUGGGAAAAUUAACCAGAAUUCUGGUAAAUAAUCGUGUAAUCAGAUUUCUAGUUAAUCUCACCAGAUAUUUUUCUCAGUGUUUGCACGAGCAAAACUCCGAUGGAAUUUUAUAAUAAUAAAGCUUGAUAUAUAGUGCAGAGAGUAUUUCGUUACUGUUUAAACCAAUUCUAUCGAUACUUAUUUCUUUAUUUCACAUAAGUAAAUACUUAUUUCAAAUAAGUAAAUACUUAUUUUCUAUGGCGUAAUAGUUCUUUUUAAUCUUAUGUAGAAGUUAUUUUUGCUAUAAAAUCUUUUCUUUUUUUUUUUUUUUUUGUGUUAUAAAUUAUUUUAAUUGAUUGUCUUAGGAGGAGAAGCAGGAAAGAAGGAGAGACGGCGAAAAAGCAUGAGGGGAAAGAGACGAAGAGGCGGAGAGAGUAGAGGAAGACAGGAGAAAGAGGAGAGGAGGAGAGGCCCCUUGAUGAAAAACGGAAAGAGGAAAUCAAGGAGGAGAGUGGAAGGAGGAGAGCAGAGAUGAAAAGAGAGGAAUGGAAGAAGGACAAUGAAGAAGGGGCAAAAGAGAGGAGAGAGUGGGAUUAGGGGGUGGGGAAAAGGGGAUAAGGGCGUGCGAGGGGAGUGGGGGUGUUAGAAUGUAAGGGUUGCAAAUGGCCAGGUCGGUUUGGGAGUAGAGAGGAUACAACUGUGAACGGUUCGGGAACGCUCCGUGGAAAAAGCGCCUUGUAACCCCAUAUUGGGACACAAUAAAGUCUAUCUAUCUAUCUAUCUA